GAAGAAGGUUGAAGCUUGGUGUUCGUUCGUUUUUGACUGAAUCGUAGCAGUGGAAAAAGCUGCGUUGUGCUCCCAUAGUGGUUAAAAUUUACAAUUUCUUGUGAGUACGGUUUUGGAAGUCGUUGAAAUGUUGUGAGUAGAAGUGAAGUAUGUGAUUUACGGCAUAGACAAUUGGUGGAAUAUUGGAAUGUGUGGUUUGAAAGCUGUUGGCUGAUUGGUUGCUUAGUGGAUGUAGUCUACAGUGUCAACUGGAUGAGGUGAGGUGUCAGGCAGGAAAGGAAACAGACGUUCCGAUCAAGAAUAUUUUGUGCAUCGAUAGAAGCUCGGUAGUGACCCACUGGAUGGAAUCCCAUUGAAUUAGAUUGUACGAAAAUCACGAAACGGUUUCUGUGGAACUUGAAACCAGACAACUCGUUGUUUUUUCGCCUAUUGGGUGAAAAAAUUACAUGGCACAUCAGGAAGGUGAAUCGAUUUGGAUGUGCAGCUGCUGGAACCCGGAGGAUUAUUUUUCGGCCACUUGAGAACAGCGUUACAGUGAAUACCAAGAAAAGACACUUUGACCUGUAGUAGAGGUGCAGGUGAUUGAUUUAAAAAAAAAUCCAAAAAAUAGAAAGAAUUCCAAUUGAUCCAAAUCGCGAAAACAGCAGUAGAAUGGUUCGCGAAUGACCGGACGAAAGGAAAAGCAAUAAAGUAAGCCGAAAGACGCAGCGUGGAGUAAUGAGGAGACAUUGAGCGGUGGAGCUAUCGAUUUUCCUCAUGAUCCAGCAAAGAGGCCGACGGAAAGAGAGAGUGUGAAAUAACAGCUGAGACGAGGACGAAAAAGGAGCAAAAGCAGUGUUCAAUCUGCUUGAUGGUGCCAACAACGUGUGAUCAACCGGUUGACUAACAACUCUGUUGUUGUGCAUCGUAACGACUCCGACUCGGUAGGAUAGUCCGGCGGGAGUGCAUACGGGCAGCGGUAGCACUCUUGGUAACCCUAGAAUAAGAACAUUUUUUUUGGCACCCGGUUAUAAAGCGGCUUAGAAAAUAAAUUUUAAUCUGACGCUCGGUUGGUUCGGCGGUGCUUCUGAAAUGUCCGACGCCGGCAGUGGACACGACGGAGCCCAAAAGGACUACUCGCAAAAGAUGGACGGCGGCGGUGGCGGUGACUUCGACUCUGGACAGCAAAGCCAACAAACCGAACAGGAGCUGGCCACUAAAAUGUUGCAGAUCCAGUCAAAAAGAUUCUAUCUGGACGUGAAACAGAACCGUCGUGGUCGUUUUAUAAAAGUCGCAGAAAUCGGUGCGGAUGGCAGGCGCAGUCAAAUUUUUCUAGCCUUGUCUACUGCGGCCGAAUUCCGAGAUCAUCUCUCGACGUUCAGUGAUUACUACGCGUCACUUGGACCACCGAACCCUGACAAUGUGCCCGAAGAUGGGAAACUUAAGUCAGAGAUGAUGAUCAAGGACAACCGGCGGUACUACCUUGAUUUGAAGGAGAACGUGCGGGGCCGGUUUCUGCGCGUUUCGCAGACCAUAACCCGCGGAGGUCCACGAUCGCAGAUCGCCAUCCCAGCGCAAGGGAUGAUCGAGUUUCGCGAUGCGCUAACCGAUCUGCUCGAGGAGUUCGGCACCAAUGAUGGUGGUUUCAAGGGCGAACUGCCGGAGGGACGCCACAUGCGUGUCGAUAACAAAAACUUCUACUUCGACAUCGGACAAAACAGUCGGGGCAUAUACAUGCGGGUGUCGGAGGUGAAAAGCAACUUCCGAACCGCGAUCACUGUUCCGGAAAAGUGCUGGUCACGGUUCCGUGACAUUCUCAGCGACUACUGCGAAAAGAUGAAGAAAACGUCCGAGUCAACCACAUCGUCGAUCACUGCCGAUAACACAUUGCAGAAGCAAACAUCAAAUAACAUGUAAAUUAGUAACGAGAGAGACAGAAUUUAUAUCCUUAUUGGCUACGUUUCCGCUUGUUCUGAUUGUCUGUUUCCAGUUUUUAUUAUCUAAACCAUACGACGAAUUUCCAGUUUAGUUGAUUAUGUUUUUCGUUGUUUUCUCAUUUGUGUUUCCUUCAGAAAGAUUGGAUAAUAUGCUAAAUUAUAAAGAAAAAGAAAGAAGAGUAUAAAUAUAUUAUACAUAUAGAGUUGUAGAAAGAGAAAGAGAAGAUCAGAUUUAAUCUGAAUAUAAAACACAGUUAUAAGAUUUAAAUAAGAAAGGAAAUCUUACAAAUUAAAUUUAAAACGGUCAAACAGAGAAAAAAACAGUACACGCAGCCAACUUUAGAGCAGCUCUUAAAACGAAACAAUCGGUUCAGUACCCAAUCGAUCCUUUCGUGGAUAAGACCGUGUGUAGAAAGAUGUUACUUUUCCAAUGUACUUUAUAAAUUGUAAAUUUGACUACUAACCUUCUAUUUCGAUAGAGACAUAACAAUUAUUAGCAAGUUAAAAUAUAUUCUUAUUUAGUUGACAAAAAACAAACAAAAAAAGAUUUUUCUCGUGAUUCUAAUGCAUUUGGGUGAUUGUUCGAGGUUAGCAUAAUUUUCGUACUCUCUUAAUCCGUUAAUUCUCUAAUAUUUGCGUUCAGUUAAACUUUAAACUUUGCGUUAUGGGGCUAAGGUCGUUCUUCUAAGUGAGUCGUUGACUAGUGAAGGCAAUUUUCUACACAUGCAGUAAGCGGAAUUUCGGUUAUUCGAGCCACGAAAGGAAUGAUUUCGCCAAACAUCAUAAUACAGCAGACAAUUAGCGGGAAUAAGUUGAUAUGAAUGCAGCAAAAUUCUCAGCUGGAAAUGGCUGAAAAUGUUGAAAUCAGAACAAAGCAAAAACAAUUCCCAAAACAAAGUGAUUUAAAUUCAGUGAACUAGAAACACUCAGUAUGUAACAGAAUGAUGAUUACAAUUAAAACAAAAUCCAAUACAACAGCUGACAGAGGGAAGCAUGCGAAGUAGAAUUGGUUUAAUUUCUGUUUGUUCUGCUACCGUACACUUCCGCAGGAUAAGAAUGGCGGAUAUGCUUACAAAAAAAUAACAAAAUCCUGUAAAACAUUUCCCUCUUUGAGCCAAGAUUAAAAAUUAUCCUCUUGCAUUAGCGAAAAUGGCAACAGGCAAACACAAACACACAUACGGAGCAGAUAGGUAACAAAAUACGCGGAAUAGUGUAAAAGAAGGCGUAAUGAUGAAAUCAAUAUAUAUUACUGUUAAAUGUUACAUUAAAGCAGACUUCAGAGAGGGAAAGUGAAAUGGAACGACCAUGUGAAAAAAAUAGUAUUUAAUUUCCAAUUAAAUCCAGAUGCAUCAGAAUAUUGAUUAGCAGCAAACUGAACUUGAUUUACCCUAUUUAUAGUUUUUUUUAGUACGACGAUAAAAAUAAAAACAAUUGCGUUUCGAGGAUCAUGCUUGGCAUUGAUUAAGAGAGCAGGAAAACAAACUAUAAUAGUCUGGUCAUCCGACCGGGGGAUGAGCCUCCUAGAGGUGCCCUAAUCAAAUGGCGUGCUCGGAUCGGGACCAACAGCUGUGAUCUAUUAUGAAAUGAAAUCAAGAAAAAUUCAUAAGCGAAAAAAUAAUGUAUUAAGAAAGAGGGAGAGAGAGAGAGCGUGCGCGAUCCGAGUAGAACCAAGCUCGGUUUGCAUACGCGCGUCGGGCGAUCGAAUCUUCUAUUAGACUACAAUUUAUAGACCCUGAACGUUUCAGUUAUUUGUUUAGUUUUUAUUUGUUGUUCGGAAACGCCGUGAUCGGUUUGGUCACAUUUUUUUUGGAAACUUUUCACAACUCGCUGGGUGAGGGGGUGGUUGUGUCGCAGAUGUGUGCCGCCGGUUGCGUUUGUUCCCCGUUGUUUAUUGUUACGAUUUGUUCGGUUAACAAACCAUGUUACAUCAGUUCUAGCAAGGUGAGCCGCAGUUGUUCUCAAAAUUCCUGUUAUGUACUAGCUUAACUUCUCCUGAACGUUUCAUCGAAAAUCUGUAUUGAGAAAAUUUGAAAGCUCUUUUUUGUUUUGAUUCCUCACUGUUGAAUUCGAUUUCGAUUAGUCUCAGGUGCGAAUACUUAAAACAUCGAACUGUUGUGUAUUGUGCUGAAUAGUCGAUGAGUUAUAUAGUGUGUAUUCAGUUGAUAGAUUUUUAAUUGAAAAGAAAAUAUUUUGGUUAAAUUUCGUCAAAUUAAUUGCUAUGAUUUUUCAUAAUCGAUGCUGCCUGCCCAGUGACAAAUGAUAUCGAAGCUCAUUAGUUUAGAAGUUAUGAAAGUAAAUAUUACAACUCAGAUUAACUAUUAGUAUUCUUACACACAUGCGGAGCAUUUUUAGAAUAGUGCCAUGACACAAUCGUUUUUUGUUCUAAAGUUUGAACACGAACAAAUUCGGACGUAAUUGUUUCGGCUGUUACUGGGUUUUAUGUAUGUUUAAGACCACGAACUUUUCCUCGAACGUUGCCUAAUUGUUUGCCUACCAAAAUCCAUUAUCACUUGGAAUCCUCGUUGCUUGCGCUACAACCUUUCUUCUUCGUUGGGAACUACGGUAACGCCAUUGUCAUUGUACCAUUGUUUGGUGGAAUUUGUCAGCUGGCGAGAAAAGGCUAUUAAUCUCAAGCUGCUCCAGAAAUGGCAGUAACCUCAUCUAAAGGCACUCCUGCGCGAUUUGCGCGCUUGUUUUGAUGACAUCAAAUUUUAACCGUAUGAAAUGGGUUUUCACGCGUUUAACAGAGAAACCGUCUGUUUUCAGUAUUUCUGCAUUCUCCCAAUCGUUUUCAUUCUGUCAAUUUCCGAUUGCUAAAAAUAUGCGUUUUUUCGAAAUAAUUAAAUAAGCUUGUGUCCAAAUUUCCAUUCAACACUAUAGAAAUCAGUAGUUGCCGAAGGCACAUUGUAGAACACUCUUGACGGCUGAAACACUGUUUCUUAGCACCAAAUGUUACGUUACGAGCCGGGGUGGAUCUUACUGUCACCCUUAUUCUGCGAGUCACAUGACUCAAUACGACAAUUGUCACUUGGGUGACUCGCCACGGCGAGUCGAGUCACCUAAGUGACACUCGUGUCACCUAGGUAAGAAACCCUUGUCACCUAAGUGACAAGGCGAGUCACCUAGGUGACAAUUGUCACCUGAUUCGCGGUGACUGCAACAUAGUCACGUCACUCGCCUCGCAGAAUAAGGGUAUGUAUCAAGAAUUUCUCUCCACUUUAUUUUGUCCUGGGCUACUACUCGUCGCCAAUUCGUUGAACGUCUCGACACACGCAAGUCGGUUUCAACCUGGUCGAGCCAUCUAGCACGUUGGUUCGCUAUAUUCCUGGUGCCGAUGGGGUACUUGAUGAGCACAGAUUUCACUGCCCAGUCGUCCGGCAUUCUUGCGACGUGGCCAGUCCAUCGCAGUCUCCCAACUUUUGCCAGGCGUACGAUGGGAAUCUCUUUAUGUAGUGCCUGCAGCUCGUGGUUCAUACACCUGCGCCACUUUCCGCUUAGGUAGGUAAAGUAAUAGCCUCAAGUUCGUAGAGGACUACCGGUCUGACUGGCGCUUUGUUCAUCGUCAGUUUUACGCGCCGGCGUAUGCCUCCGCUGUCCCAAGAUUGCUAGCAAUCUAGUCGUCUGCGAAGACUAGGAGUUGGCGAACCUCAUUCUUCUUUUUUCAAUGCCCGCUCGCCGGAUCACAUCUCCAAUAAUAAUGGUGAAUAAUAUACAUACUCUGCACGAUUCGAAGGGACUCGAGCGGGCCUGCUUCCGAAACACGCACGUAGUACAUAACUCGCUCCAGCGUAGCUCUGAUCAGUCGCGUCAGUUUGUUGCGGGAAACCGUACUCGUGCAUCGCCUGCCAUAGCUAUUUGCUCACGACUGUAUCGUAUGCUGCCCUGAAAUCCAUGAAAAUAUGAUGCCUGACUAACAGACGUAACACUUCGAACAAAUUUUCUAACAAAACAUUUCAAUGACAUCCCUAAAACAUGGAAAAAACACUAGCAUCACCUGGUAUAGUCGCAGAGUAGGUUGCUAUAAAUUUAGCAAUGCUAUAAAUUUACUUGUAUACUAUCUGACAACAGCGCCAGCGCAGGCGAGCGGCGUUCUCGCGCAGUGACUGUUGUUUGAGUCUUAAGUGAAAAUCUGAAAUGAUCGUUUUUAUUGACGAUGGAAUCAGGCUUCAGUGAUACGUCUGUUAGUCCAUGCUUGUACUCUCGAUAUUUCUGGAGAAUUUGUCGGAGAGUAAAAAUUUGAUUCGUAGUAGCACGGGCCCCCACAAGGUCCGCCUGAUACUGCCCUGCGAAUUCUCUUCUAUUGGCGAUAGACGACGUAACCAAAUCUAAGAAAGCUUGUAGGCGGGGUUGACCUGCUUAAUGCUGCGGUUAUUACAGCAAUCGAUCCGAUCGAUUUUUAUAAAUGUGACAAAUCAUACCUUCAGGUACUUUCUUCUUCUUUCAAAUCUUUGAAAUUAUCCAGUAAAGUGCCGUUGCUAGUGUUUACUAUCUCUAAGCAUAGGGGUGAGCAUUCUUAAGUUUUCCUUUUCUAUAUUUACACUCUUCAUCACUCUACUGAUAACAAACGCCUACUGCAGUAGGCUAUACAUUUUUAACGCAAUACAUUGAAAUUUUUCAUUCAAAAUAAGUAGUUGGCAACACGUUUCGUGUGUUUGGAUUUUUUCGUGUUCAACCUUUACAAUUGCAACUACCAUUGGCAGCAUCGUUCCUAUAUAGUGAUAUGGCAGCACAAAAAACGGAUAUUACACCACUUUCUUUCUUAGGUCGUUGGCAAGCAUCACACUUGAUGUGAUUCCUGAAUUCGCGUCACGAGUAUGUGAAUUUUUGGCGGAAAUUUUUAAAUGGUUUUUGAAAAUACGAAAAUUGAAUUAUUUCAUUGCGUUGGUUUUGGCAGUUUGAAUAGUUUUAAUUUUAUUAAAAUCUCUGUAGCCUCCUAAACAUGAAGAUAUCAAUCUUACGAUAGCAUAGGUGCUCUGUACUAUGCAAUGACCACACUGUUAUUCCCCUACCAUCUCUUACAUAGUAGAGAAUAUCUUUUUAAAUGUGAUAAUGUGACAAGUACUAGAAAUACAGCGUAACGAAGUCGCGCCUACUUAGUUUGGGCUGCGUUGUUUGAAGUAUAAUGCAAUAGACGAUACAUAGUGAAACACAUGUGAACAGCAGAGCAAAGAGUCUUUAGUAAGAAGAAACUCCGCCUAGCGGAUCUGUAGGCAUACACUAACGGAGGCUGCUAAAUAACGUCGGAUUAAAUCCACCUGGCUGGAGGGGGCGCCUUGAUAAGAGAAGCAAAAUAAUAUCUAUAGUAAAACGAAGACAAACCGAAAGCAUGAUUGUCGUGUAAGACUUGUUUUGCGAAUAUUGGCACACCUCUCUUUCAAAACAAUCAGUCCAUACAACUAGGAUUCUGUUCGUUGAAUUUCACUUUAUAGAACGAAGGAACAAACACUUCAACGGAAGAGCAAUGAACAGCUGAGUGAUGUUUUACAGCCCGAUAGAGGAUGAUGCUUUCAGCAAAAAAGCGAGAUUCUUAGAAGCACCAAACUCAAACAGGUGAAGCAAAUAAGAUAAGGUCGUAUUAAUUGGAAAACACUACGAGGAAAUUUGUUUUUGUUUUGGGACUCACGGUAUGAAGUAUUUUAUGAAUCUGGAACCUGAAGAAAACAAUAACAGAGAAAAAAAACGCUGCAAGAAAAUUGGUGGUUCUUUUUUAAAAUAAACGACAAACAAAAAUCGCAAAAUCAGAUUAUUAUCUAUUAUUAUUAAAAAUGAAUUAUUAUCACUGCUACCAUUACAACAGCAACAACAAAACUAUAUUAUGAAUAUUGUGAAGAAUUUUAACUUAUGUUGUCUUUUCUCAAGUCUAUUAUAGCGAUAAAGAAAAUAAUAAAUAUAGUAAUGAACAAAAAAACGACAGAUAGGAGGACAAAUAAUAAAAAAAACUGAAAAAAUACAAAAAAUAUGAAAGAGAAACAUAUAGUAGGUAUAUAAUAAUGAUAGAAAUGUUCCCGAAAAUCGAAAUGAUGUUCAGUUAAGUCUCAAAACAGAAAACUAUAAAACGUUUGUGUUAUAAAAUAAAGAAAAUGCUGCGAAUCUAUCGCCUGGCGAUGUGUUAUUUUUCACUCCUAAAAAACGUAAAACCAAUGGCGUUCAAAACGCUCGAUUUUAAACGACAGGACUCUAGCAAUUGAUUUUUAAAUGUUUUUGUUACUCAAUUUAACUUUGUACAAUGAAGUGAUUGAAUGUUUUUAUUUUGUUUUCUAUCAUUCCUUCUAGGUCACCCUGUGUUGUGAUCGAAAGAGUUUAUACGAUAGCAGCUGGUAAAAAAAAGUAUAUAUUUUCGCAUCCGCAAGUCGCAACCAUAGAAUAUAUAGUUAUAAAUAAUAGGCAUGCAGUUUUAACACACUCAAAACGGAGAGUGUCUCGAUAAGUCUUGUGUUUCUCUUUCACGUUUUCUACAGGGUGAUCGGUUUCCACUCUGUUUCAGUUUUCGUAGUAGCGCUAUACGUAAUAAGGAAAAAAACAUAGAAAAGCAACAAAUAAAAAACGAAAGUUAUUCACCAUUCAAAAGAAUAAAAAACGACAAAUAUAUAGAUGAGAAGUUUAUCGAAGAGAAACAAAAAAAAAGAAUAAACCAUAAACUAGUUUUCCUUAUAACCACCUCCAUCGCCGCCAUCAGUCGCAAUCACCACGCAAAAUACGAUAGCUAAUCGGAAGACGGAAGACUUCUGUGCGCGAAGUGUUCUAUGACUAGUGAUUCCGCGUUCAUAAAAGUUUCGUUUUUCUAUUAAGUACUUUUUUACCUUGUUAAGAUAACUUAUUAAUGGUUUGCUAUUGGUUGAAAAACUCUCUUAAGUGCGUCGCGUUUUCUCCUGGCUAGCCCGGAGUGACCUUCUUAAUCACGGGCGAAUUUUACAACUUUCAAUGAAUUCAUCAUAAAAAUGGCCCUACAACCAUUGUGGAACUGCAUCGGGAAACCACAAUCUUCUGUUGAUAUUUUUUAGUUAUAUUGUUAAACUCCCGUAGUACGUAUUUUAUUUACGCCCUUUUGUUUAUAGGUAUUCAAAUUGGAAAAAUGAAAGCUAUGACACUACCUUUAUCGACGAUACAAAAAAAAAGAAAAAUAUAAUGAAGCAUAUUUUUAGGUGAGAUGAAGUUUUUCAGUUUGAUUUUUUAUAUAGGAAUCUAAAUUAUUUAAUCCGUUUAUAAGCGCUUUUCCUGAGAAUAAAUAAUAAAAACAAAAACUAGAUGAGAAAUCAUUAAGAUUAAAAUGAGUAAAUUACAAAAAAAAAACAAAAAAGAGGAAAGAAUGUAAACCAUAAAAACGUUGCUGCUAACACACACAACACACAAAAAAAGGAUAACGCUGUAGAGUUCGCGAAUCAAAUGAUCAAUCUAGAUAAAAACGGUUUUAUUCUUUGAUUAAGGUACUGGCGCGACGAGCAUAGGCCGAAAACAAAUGAGUAAGAACAACUAGAACACGUGCGCUGUAGUGAUGGGUGGGUUUUAGAAUACGGGAAUUAGAGGGAACUGUAAAUUGUGGUAAGCAACACGGAGAAAUAAAUACUAAAAACAAGGCGAAGAUACGAUAUGUGUAGGCUGAAAUUAUUGGCGAUCUAGAUUACCCUGGUAAAUGGUUAAAAAAAACCAACAAAAAUUCUGAUACGUCCAAUUCACUUUCGUCACAUGUCUUCACGGAAAUUUUUUCUCCAAAAGUCGAAAAUAUAAGCAACACGUUUUACCGAAUAGACAAUGAAUUAAACAUUACCACAUUUUAAACCUAAUUGUUAAAAUGGUGCAUAGUUACACUGCCCACGUUCGCCUGUCAGCCAGUCGGGUGCUGCCUAAGUCAAGUGCAAACGGUGGCACUCGCGAGAGUCUCCCAAACGGAAAGAAAUCAGUAUAGUAAAUACCAUGAUACACUACUGGGGCGAAAUAGCAAAUCAAUCGUAAAAUGUGGUAAUGGGCAGAAAGGUACAAACCCGGAAGCUGCGAAGAAAAAUAAGCGAAAGGAGUAAAAGCAAAACAAAAAAACAUGCACUAGUGUUGUAAUGGAUUAAGGAAUAAACAAGUCGACAGCUUAAAUAAAAGGUGUUUUGAUUAUUUGAUUCAGGUGUUAAAAUGUUAGUAGGAAAUAUACUAAUAAAUGUGAUUACAAACAA